AUGAAAAUAGAGACAAAUAGACUUGAAAGGGAAAGACGAAGGGACUGGGCGGGGCGAAGCUCUGGAGCAUCAUUACGUCUUCGCCAGAUUUCAGGGCCAACUGGUGUCAGUAUCCGAGAAGUAGUUGCGCUGGAUAACCGAGAGGGGGCUGAAGAGAGCAAGGGGCAUUCACAAACGAGGAGUAGAGCCGCGGGAGAACAGAAUGCUGGGGCUUACCCUGAAGCCGAGAGGGUUAAACAGGCCAGGGCGGGACAGGAUCGGACUGAGGCGGGGCACCAUCCCCGGGGUUGCUGGGCAGCGCCAAGACCGUUUGAGCACAACACUGCAAGAACUCAGCAGUUUACUGAUGGGUCUGGAAAACGUCUACCACCAUAUCUUAGUCUAAUAGAUAGUUUUUUCAACUCAGAGAAGCUAACAAAGACUGAAGAGAAUUUUAAAGAAAAGGCAAUGGCGCAAGUGAUGAAGCUGAACACUCAGAUAAAAGAAGCUAAAAUCCAGCAGGAACAGUUACAGGAAGAUAGCAGGCAGCUAUACAAUGAAAAACGACUUAUCCAGGCUGAACACAAACUCAUUAUGGAAUACCUGACCAACAAAACUGAGGAGUAUAGAAAGCAACCUGUGAAACUGUGGAACAACUAUGUACAAAAAAGUGGAGAGAUUGAACUGCGGAGGCAGGAAUCAGCCUCCAGAUAUGCAAGACAAACUUCAGUGCUUAAUGCAGAGCUCUUGCUUAAAGAAAAGACCCAAACUCUUCUGAAGCACAAGUUAAAGGCAAUGAAGGACAUUUUAAUAUUAAAGGAACUACAGGAGUUAGAAGCUCAAACAUUGCAGGAGGAGAAAAGGAGAGUCCAAGAUGAGACAGCUUCAAAGGCACAGAUAGUACAAGGCCAAUUGCUCCAGCAAAAAGCAUUAUUGGAGAAACAACUGAGUGAGCCAGACAUGAGCCAGUUGGGAAAGAGAAAAACAUGGGAACUUAAGAAGAGCCAAGCCUUGGAGUUGGCAGCAAAACAGUAUGCUCUUGAGUUCUACCUUGGCAUCAACAGAGAGAACCAACAGUUACAGCUGGAUCUUAAGCACCUAAUCCAGCAAUCCCAGGAGUUGGUGGCUUGUCAAAGCCAGUUAAAAAACAGGAAACAGCAACUGCAGCGGGAACAGUGGUGUCUGGAGGGUUUAAUCCGGGGAAGACAUCGAAUACAAGGAAGGUAUAAUUGGUGCCUAAAAGAACAAGAUGUUCUAAAAACCACACUGGCCCCUCCCCUAGGCACCAAAUCAAGAAUUAAUCCCAAAUAA